UGCUUCCUAAAGGAAAGGAUACAAUUAGAUCGCCCUCCCUUCUGCCUCGGAUGUCAAGAGGCUGUUUUUCGUUAAGGCCCGCUUGGAGAGGGGCCAAGUUUAUUUGAAUCCGAACGAGCAGGCGGAGUUGGCAAUAGAGCGAGAACGGCAAACGCCUACUUUUUAUGCUGAUUGCACUGAAGCAAAGAUCUCCCAGAAGAAAUGGUCAUCACAGCAAGCAUGGAUGAGCACGAGAGGAAGAUAGUGAUCGAAUUUUGUCAUUUGCUCGAAAAGUCCAAGCAACUGUUCAAUGGAUUGAGGCGCUCUUACAUCAACCCCAAUGGUUUAUUGCUCCAAAAUAUUGCUUCCCCAGAUUUGCCUCAGUAUGGCCACAAACAGUGGCAGGCAUACUUUGGCCGCACCUUUGACAUCUACACAAAGCUAUGGAAAUUCCAGCAGCAGCACCGACAAAUACUCGAUUCAAAAUAUGGACUCAAAAGAUGGCAAAUCGGGGAAAUUGCCUCCAAAAUCGGCCAGCUGUAUUACCAUUAUUAUUUAAGAACGAGCGAAACCAAUUAUCUGAACGAAGCAUACUCAUUCUACGCUGCCAUCAGAGGCCGGGCGUACUACUCGAGGGCGGCCAAAGAGGACAGGUCUGAUCUGAUGGUGAAAAAGCUGCGCUACUAUGCUCGGUUCAUAGUGGUGUGUCUGCUGCUUAAAAAGAUGAAACUUGUCCGUGAACUGGUGGUGGAACUGGACAAACAGAUAGUGGAUUACACAAGCACAUAUGAACCGGAUGAUCAACUGGAAUGGUCUUUGGUGCUUGAGGAAAUCAAGUCUUUCAUCAAGUCAGACAGUGUGAUCAGCGUCCUGCACGCUGACAGCAACCCUAUCAUAUUGUCUCACAGGCUGAGUCCAUUGACCACACCACCAGUAGAAAAGGCGCCGAUCAUGAACUUGUCGCUGCAAGAAAUCCUGAUCAUUGGAAACUGCAGCGACCAAGUGAAGUUUAGUGAGCUGACGAUGGACAUGUUCAGGAUGCUGCAAACUCUGGAGCGUGAGCCUCAAGAGGAUUUCAACCACAUUUAUGACGCAUCUCCAGCUCCAGGCAGAACACCAUUCACAACACUUUCUGUUUCGUUUAAGGACAAGCCCAGCUACAAGCCUGGAUACCCCAUGGUGUCUGGUUGUCAGGAAAACGGUGACCGGCCCUUGAAAAGAGAAAAUCCCCACAAAUAUCUUCUUUACAAGCCAACUCUUAGUCAAGUUCUUGUUUUCCUGGCCUCAGGCUUCAAGGAACUUCCUCCAAAUGGCGCUCUCAUGCUGUAUAUCUCGGCAGACGGCUGCUUUUGCAAUUCAAAACAUCCAGAAGACAUGGGUUACGAUCUGGGUGGAGUUCACACUAGUAGCAAAAGAGAGGUAGACGCUCUCAACAAGAAGUCAACGCAGCUUAAAGAGAUGCACUGUCUUUACCCUGGAGACCUGUACCCCUUCACAAGAAGGCCACUCUUUUUAGUUAUCGACUCGGACAACUCCUUUGUUUUCCAGCACAUGCCCAGAUAUUUUGGGCAGCCUCUAGUCAUCCUAAUGUCUCCUCAAGAUAUUCCUGCACCAUUUAUUGAUCACCAGCACAACGGUAACUUGUUCACGCUCUUCUUGCACAGUCCCCUCACUGCUUUCUGCUACAUUUGCAACAUUAUGACUGUACCUAUUCAUCUCUGGGAGAGAUGCCAAACGUUUAUUGAUCGUUUUGUGACGGAAGCAAGUCGACUAUUCACAAGAUGCAGGAUUGAUCCUGCAUAUCUCCAGUUCUUUGGGGACGAUUUCCUGCGCCUCCUGUUACUUCGUUAUGUGUUUUGUGAUGUCGUCCUCAACCUGCAUAGAUCUUUUAAGGGACGGCACUUUAGGCCGCGGAGCCAGCCUCCCUUGCCCGAAAUGGAGCUUCUGGAGCACCCAGCGCUGAAGCACCUGGUGUUCGACCUGGCCGCGCACCUGGAGGUCCGCACGCACUUCUCCGACCCAGCUGUCGAGUUGAUGGACUGAUGUGAUAGAGGGAAACGUAGACUCCCCGAGAUGCGGUGUCCAGCCGGCAGCUAACAGUUUCCAGGUGUGUGGCUCGUUGGACGCACACCACCAGCAUGAGUUGACAUAAUAUGACGUGAAACUUUAAUGUACAGCACUUGUGAUAUCAUCCAAUUACUAUGUAUGUACUGUGCUUGAACUCACCAUUGAUUUAAAAAGAGGUAAAAUGUUCAGUGUUGAAAGAGUCUAGUUUGACCAACCACUUCUUUCCGUUUCGCAUUCCAUGAGCAAACUGUCAAAAGUCUAGGUAACACGACAUGCGAUUAACAUUAUAACCUAAAGGGUAACUUAUAAUCGAGACAGUCUUUUUUAACAGUCCAUUCUUAGCAUUUGACGAUGUACUAAAUUACGCAAAUCUAACGACUAUAUAAAUACAGAAAACACGCAACUAUCAAGAUACUGAAAAUAAUUUCACCAAUUCUCAAAAUAACUAUUUAUAGCUAAGACCGAGUUAACCAAUGGUAAAAUUUGAGUCUUUACAACACAAAUCUCAAUAUUUAAUAUUGUGUGUUUAUAUGUCUUGUAAAGGCAAUUGUUUUUCUUCCAUUUCUUUCACUGCGCAACAUAUAUGUUAUGUCCAAUUUUCAUGAAAAUCAGUGUCCGCCACCACAAAGGUGUUAAGUUUCCAUCAUGGGGUACAAAGUCAUUGAAACACAUUUAUACACACAGCUGCAAAGUAAACUAUCAGAGCAUCCCAUCUCAAAUCGCCCAUGUAAAUAAAUUUAAGACAUUGCAGCUUUAUACGUAAACACGUAUUACGGAUAUGUACCAAAUAAAAUCAAUAUCAAAACUAUAGUCUCAAUGAAACUUAAAAUCAACUUCUGGUCUUAUUCAGUUUCGAUCACCUUCGGUUGGAAAUAUUCAAACCUCAACGAGUGUCGGUAUUUUAUGUCUGUGAAUGUAAAAGUAAUACUCAUUUCUGUAUUUAUCAUGUAUAAAUAAAACUAUUUAUUGAAAUUAUUUUCCAAGCAUAUGAUUGCAAUAAUAAACAUAUAAAUGGAUUAAAAAAUUACAUUAUCAGGGUUGUUAUUCAUUAUGCUUGAUCAUUGCACCAUUGUCGUUCAUACUAACUUGCCACUGCAGUCGCUUGCUCAUUUAACAGCACACAUCAGCGAGAUUAUCACAUGGUCGAGGCGAUUUUCAACUUGACACACAAAAUUGCGCUCGACUUCUUUAUUUUCUUGUUGGACAACGCAACACAUUAAUUCCAACUCUCGCAGCGUGAAACAAAAGCCAAGCUAUGAUAAUUACAAAAUACACUGGUGUUAGUUAAUGCUCUCCGAGGUUAUGGUAAUUCGUGUUUGAUUUUAAAGCCUCUGUUAUGUUCGUGUAAACGGUGAAAAGUUGCUCUCUGCUUGUUCAUACCAGACAAUCGCAUACCCUGCGCCAGAUGCUUUGGGUUUAAGUGUUAUGCGUAUCGUUCACAUUUAUUGACAGACGUGGAAGGAAACAUUUAAGCCGGCUUGAUAUGUUGCACAUAAUGCUGAAGCUUAGUUCAAAAUCCGCAAAAUUCGUAGAAGCCAGUCACGUGAAA